AUGAAAAAUUUUAAUAACAAUUUUCUAUUGUUUAUUCUAGUGGUUAAAUUCUUUAAAGUUAUUGGACUCGCACCUUAUAAGCUUACUAUUUUACCUAAUCUGCAAAGUAAGUUAAAAGGGCAGCAAUUUUUGGGUCAGACUUCAUAUUCCCUACUAGGGUUAAUGUACAAUUUAGUUUUGACGUUGACGUCCAUACCAACUCUAUACUUUUGGUUACCCGAAGUUCGCAAGAAAACCGAGUCGAGUGAUACCGAAACGCAAAUGGAAGCAUGGAGAGAAUUUUUUUUCGGAGUUACUUCUCAUGGAACAUUUAUAAUAACUGUGCUAUUUUGUAUCGUAAAACAGAGAGUGUUCAUCAAAGUUAUCAACCGAUUGUUCCAAUUUGAAAAAGAAUUAACUGACACAUUGUACAACACAAAAAAUCUUCUAUCUGGAAAAUCGUUAUUAGUUAUCAUAUUUGCAACGCAUUUGUCGGCUACAGUUUUGAACAUCCUAACUGAAUUUAUUGCAGAGUCGAAAUCUAUUACAGCUCUUGAUACUAUACUUUUUAUAAUUCCUGAAUUUGUAAUUGGAAAUUUAGUCAUCCAAUAUGCACUAAUAUUAAUAUUCCUUGAAAACAGAUUUAAAGGAUUAAAUAAGUUACUUCUUUCAUUGGUUGAUACAAACUGCAAUGAAUCAAGAUGUCAGAAAUUUUUUAGAAUCAUGAGUGAUUCAUACGAAGACAAUGUUGUCAAAUUGAUUCGUUAUAUUCGAGACGCUCAGAGAAAUCUCUAUGAAAUAUCAGAUGAUUUUUCAAGUUGCUAUUCUUGGCCUAUGUUGCUAUCAAUCACGUACUUUGCUGCUGGUAUCAUUUAUAGUUCAUAUGAGUUAUUUCAAAACAUAACACAAUCUGAGACAAACAUAUUAGUUUCAAUCAAUUUGGCGUUGUGGGUUAUAAAAACUAUGAUACCGAUUGUAACACUGACUUGUUGUGUUACGAAAAUAAUUAAUGAGGUAACUUUAAAAUUUCUUAUUUUUCUCUUGGUAAAAAAGAGAUACCGUAAAAAAAAAUUUUUGAUACGACCAUAUAUGACUAUUAUUCAUAUAUAG